AUGAGCGUUACGUACGACGUGUUCCGUGGCUCUGCCGAGGGCCGCAUUGUCGCUGACAAGGCUUCGUCCACCCUUGGACACAACGAGGUCUUCAUUGAGACCACCCACUCUGGUCUUUGCGGCACAGAUGAGCACUACCUCAAGACCAACCAGGUGCUCGGUCACGAGGGUAUUGGAAUCGUCAAGUCUCUUGGCCCCGGUGUUACCUCCGUGAAGGUCGGAGACCGUGUUGGAUUCGGAUACACCCACAGCAUCUGCACUUUCUGUGACAACUGCGCUACUGGCUGGGAUCAGUACUGCGAGAACCAGAAGCAGUACGGUUUCCAUGACUUCGACAACGGAACCUUCAGCUACGGUGCCGUUUGGGACGCCAACUGCGUCUACCCCAUUCCUGAUGGCUACGACUCCGCGUAUGCUGCUCCUCUCAUGUGCGCCGGUGCUACUGUCUGGACUGUCUUGAGCGAGUAUGGCAUUCGUUCGACUGACCGCGUCGCCGUUAUGGGCAUUGGUGGUCUUGGUCACGUUGCCAUCAAGCUGGCUGCUGCCAUGGGCUGCCACGUCGUUGUCCUUUCCAGCUCUGAGUCCAAGCGCCAGGAAGCUAUGGACUUUGGUGCUUCUGAGUUCCACGUUUUCAAGUCUGGUGAUGCCGUUCCUGAGGGCUUCAAGCCCGUCAAGCACCUCUUGCUUUGCGGCAAUGCUGGUGUUGAUUACCCUUCCCUCAUUCCUCUGAUGGCCACCCACGGCAGCAUCUACCCUCUGACCGUGGCUUUCGAGCCUGCCAAGGUGCCCAUGCUCGGCCUCGUGUGGAGGGGUGUCCGCAUCCAGGGUUCCCUGGUUGCUUCCCGCCAGAGCAUCCGCAGCCUUCUCGAGUUCGCUGCCAGGAAGAAGAUCUACCCCACCAUCAUGACCUUCCCCCUGAACAAGGAGGGUAUUGAGGAGGCCAUGCAGACCCUGCGCGAGGGCAAGAUGAGAUACCGUGGUGUGCUGGUUCGCCAGUAG